AAAUGGAUCUAUGGUGAUGUCAGUAAUCAAAAUAUUUUAGUUUGCUUAACCUCAAAUGCUGUGACGUCUUUACAAUUUGUGUUUUUAUCGUUUCAAAAAAUGGCUCUAAAUAAUUUCCUGGAGUUUUUCCAGAAGGGAAAGACCUUCAGGCCAAAGAAAAAAUUCGCCCACGGAACUAUCAGAUACAGUCUACACAAACAUGCGUGCGCCAGUUUGAAUUCGGGUAUUAAUUUAAGAGGUGCAGUCAAAUUGCCGCAGGGAGAAGAUUUAAAUGAUUGGAUUGCAGUGCAUGUGGUCGACUUCUUCAAUAGGAUAAAUUUGAUAUAUGGCACAAUAUGGGAGUAUUGCACCGAACAAACUUGUCCAACAAUGUCGGGAGGUGUUAGAUUUGAGUAUCUAUGGGCAGAUGGUGACAAGUACAAAAAACCCACCAAGUUACCUGCUAGAGAUUAUGUAAAUUUAUUAAUGGAUUGGGUAGAAAUGCAAAUAAAUGAUCAGGCAUUGUUUCCUUGUACCAAUGACUUGCCCUUUCCUAAAAAUUUUGUUGCCCAGUGUAGCAAAAUUUUGGCCAGGCUGCACAGAGUAUUUGUCCAUGUUUAUAUUCAUCAUUUCCAGAACAUUGUUGCUAUUAAAGCGGAAGCCCAUGUAAACACUUGCUACAAACAUUUCUAUUACUUUGUAACAGAAUUUGAUUUGGUUAGUAGGAAGGAAUUGGAACCUCUUGCAGAAAUGGCCUCAAAAAUAGCCAAAGAUCCAGCACUAUAAUAUAAAAAGUA